UGCUCGGUGCGAUCCAGUCCAAGUCGUUUCGACCAUUCGCGUUUGAUUCGGUCUGAUGAUCCUUUCUUUCGGAUCUUGUGGAUUAUCAGCUGCGAACGCGUCAGAACGCGUGCAUCUAUCUAUCGUCCAAACAAUCGGUAGAUAAUCAGCGGUUUUGAACAAUUUCCAAUGUUUAUAUAUAGUUUACUAUUUUCCCGUAAAACUGAAUCGUUUUUUUAAUAAACGGUAUUGAAUUUUAUAUUUUAUACGUAUGUAUUAUGUUGUGAAACACUUCCGUGCUCACAAUCGCGGAGAUAAUGGACUUCUGGUUCAAUCUGGUCAGAAGCGCAUUUCUCAGAAUGUUGGAAGUGCUAUGGUUCGGCAAGCGAAAGAUAACAAAUUCCUUGAAUAUAUAUGUGAAAACGAAUACAGGAAACACACUCGCCGUCGAGUUGGAUCCGAAAUGGGACGUAAAAAAUCUGAAAGAAAUUGUCGCACCUCAGAUGGGCAUAGCGCCGGAAAAUGUCAAGAUUAUAUUUGCAGGUAAAGAACUGCACAAUUCGACUAUACUGGAGGAAUGUGAUUUGGGACAACAGAGUAUUUUACAUGCGGUACGGACAAUCUGUAAACCACUCAAGAGAAACAACGCCGCAAGUCCCAUAGAAGAAUCUACACUGGAGACGUCUGAUUCGAGUAACAAUGGGAGUAAACCACUUAAUGAGACACUGAUGGAUUUGCCCUUGGCUGAAUCUGAUCAAAACUCAUCCCUGGAAGGAGAACAGCAGGAAAACCGAGCUCAUUUUUACGUGUAUUGCUCAGUACCGUGUAAAAAAGUGACAACAGGAAAGCUGAGAGUCAAAUGUGCGAGAUGCGGCAGUGGCGCUGUUACUGUCGACAGAGAUCCUCAAUGUUGGCCGGAUGUGUUACUCCCGAAAAGAAUAACCGUACAUUGUGAGAACGAUUCUUGUCCCUCGUCUUCGAACUUCCUCAGCGAGGAGACAGAAUCUCAAAUUUGUUUUGCCAACUUUUAUUUCAAAUGCGCGGAACAUCUCAGUUUGGGAGAAAGCGACGAGGCUGUACCUCUUUAUCUCAUAAAGACCAACUUGAAAAACGUACCUUGUUUAGCGUGUACAGAUGUCAGAGAAACUGUAUUGGUAUUUUCUUGCAAAGCUGGUCAUGUAACUUGUCUCGAUUGCUUUCGCGAUUAUUGCGCAAUUCGCUUGCAAGAACGACGAUUUGAAUUCGAUAGUGAUGAGGGAUAUUACACGUUACCGUGUCCGGCUGGAUGCCCCGAUUCUUUUAUUCGCGAGGUUCAUCAUUUUCAUCUUCUCAGCGCAGAACAGUAUGAGAGAUAUCAAAGAUUUAGUACUGAAGAAUACGUUCUGCAAGCUGGCGGUCUACUGUGUCCGCAACCGAACUGUGGGAUGGGUAUCAUACCACCAGAUAUACAAGAUGACAAAGAUUGUCGUAGGAUACAGUGCAUAGGCGGAUGCGGUUAUGUUUUUUGCAGACUUUGUUUGCAAGGUUAUCAUGUGGGAGAAUGUGAAUCGCAAACAUCGGAAGCAUCUACAAGCAUCCUUUCUUCCAGUUAUUAUUCGGUGGAUCCUCUGAAUGCAAAUAAAGCUACAUGGGACGAAGCUAGCAAAAAGACAAUUCAAAUUUGUACAAAACCUUGUCCGAAAUGCAGGACUCCUACUGAAAAAGACGGAGGUUGCAUGCACAUGGUGUGCACAAGAGCAGGAUGUGGUUAUCAUUGGUGCUGGGUCUGCCAAACGGAAUGGACUAGAGAAUGUAUGGGUAAUCAUUGGUUUGGAUAAUAUAUCGAAGCCGUUUAUGUAUCGAUAUACAUAAUAUAAAUUGAAAGUUACUCGAAAAUUAUACACGUGUUUCCGCAAUGUGGAAACACAUUUAAAUAAAAAUCAACAUUUGGCAGUUUA